AGGAUUAUAAAGGAGGAGAAGGGGGAGAAGGAGGCUGGUCGGCUUCAGGGAAAGGAUGUAGUCCAGCUACUACUCACAGUAUAAGUCUGAAUGGAGAUGAUAUUACCUUCUUCACUUGUGUGGAUGAUUCGGAGGACUCUCUGUGUUUGCAGCAAGAUGUUCAAUUGCCGGAAUGUUCGGGCUCUGUUCCUGUCCAGUGCACUGUGCAUCUCUGGAGCACACUAUCCUUACCCUGGAACAUGACACUGUGCAAAAAACACUUCGGCUCUGGGUACUGCUUUCAGAAAAGCUCCAUUCCAGUCUGCCCAGUAGAUGAAGGUGAGCACCAUUAAUAGUUUGUAUCCGCCAACAAUUAAUUUUUAACCCCACAGAGUGUGCGUGCACAGAGGAGAUGGAAGAAACGACUAGUUACACCACAUCUCCUCGUCCAACAACUGCUUCUGCGCAACGUCGACUGAAGGAAGCACACUGGGUGUGUCGAAGGGAUCGGCAGUUUUCAGAAUAAACUACGUCAUUUCUCUAGCUAUUCCA